AUGGCUAAUCUUUUAAACUCACUAAUAUUACUCCUUACAUUCAUCCACCCUAUAUGCCUCGCCCACUCUCCCAUUCUCCGCGAAAUCUACAGAUUCCCCAACGGAACAUGGCUCGAAAAUAUCGCAGUCCGACCAAACGGCAAUCUCCUAGUCGCGGUGCUGAGCACAGCAGAGCUCUGGGAAAUUGACCCUUCUACCCCAUCAGGGCCCAGCUCAGCCCGUCUGGUCCACCACUUUGACGGCGCCGAAGAUGCAGAUGGGAUCACCGAGCUUUCACCAGAUCUUUAUGCAGUGAUUGCAUCCAACUCGGUUUGGACAAUCGAUCUCAGAAGUCAUGAAUCAGCCAAACCAACGCUUAUCGCGAAACUUCCCGCUGGCUAUCUAAAUGGCAUCGCUACUCUAGACGAAGGAAACGCAGUCGCCAUCACUGACUCCCAACUCGGCCGGGUAUGGCGUCUUGAUAUUCGCUCCGGCACAUAUGACGUGAUUCACCAAGACGAGACAAUGGCCGCAAAUACUGACAUGGGCUUGCUGCUUGGGGUCAAUGGAUUGAAGAUAGUAGGCGAUUAUAUGUACUACAGCAACACCCCGAAGCGGAUUUUCUGUCGUGUGAGAAUCGAUACACAUACCGGUCAAGCUUCAGGGCCUUAUGAGGUUAUCAGUAAUGAUACAAUGGCUGAUGACUUUGCUAUCGGUCCACAUGGAAUUGGAUAUCUGGCGGGAAUUCGUGACAAUGUGGUUAUUAGGGUCUUUCCUAAUGGGUAUCAUGAGAUUAUUGCGGGCUCGAAGGGUUCGACGGAUUUGAUGACUGCUACGUCGGCGGCUUUUGGGCGGACACGGAAAGAUCACAAUGUUCUUUAUGUCACUACUGGAGGAGAAACCGAGCUUCCUGUAAAUGGGACAAGUACCAGAGGAGGGAAGGUUAUGGCGCUUUCAGUAGGGUAUUAG